GUGACGAUUUAGUGUCACCAAUACUGGAUGACAUCUUUUGGGAGAAUGCAUAUUGCGGUGACCACAUCAUUUGGGAUACUGUGGAUGAACUGAUCUCCGACUGCAUUAAAAGUGAAAAAGGAAACAACAUGAACAGUGAGUCCAACACAAGACGUAUAGCAUGUGUGGAGCAGUGUUUUGGCUCAUCAGGCCAGCCACUAGCUGUGCCAGGCCGAGUGUUGGUGGGAGAAGGGGUACUUACAAAGAUGUGUAGAAAGAAGCCCAAACCUAGACAGUUUUUCCUUUUUAAUGAUGUACUUGUAUACGGCAAUAUUGUGAUAAAUAAGAAAAAGUACAAUAAGCAGCACAUUAUGCCACUAGAGGAUGUAAAAAUUGAGAGCGUAGAGGAUGUAGGAAAUUUAAGAAAUGGUUGGAAGCUGAUCAGUCCAAAGAAGUCAUUUGUUGUUUAUGCAGCGACUGGUGUCGAGAAACAACAGUGGAUCUCACAUAUCAAGAAAUGCGUGUCAGAUUUACUCCAUAAACGAGGUUUAACUCAAGAAGCCAAUACAGAACAUGAUUCGCCAGUUUGGGUACCAGACUCAUCAGCCUCCAAAUGUAUGCACUGUAAACGUUCUCAGUUUUCAAUGCUUAAUAGAAGGCAUCAUUGUCGAAAAUGUGGACUAGUUGUAUGUGAUGAUUGUUCCAGUAAACGAUGGCUGUUACCUCAACAGUCAUCAAAACCACUUAGAGUCUGCCUUACUUGUUUCGGGAAACUUUCCAGUGCAAAGAGCACGUCAGAAUCAGGUAUAACGAACAUGCCAGAUGAUUCGUCAGGUGAGGACACAGAUGAUGAAGAAGAUGAAGCUGUAUAUCAAGGAAUACCCGAGGACCAGUUCCAGAGUUAUGAAUAGAUGUUUGAACGAGACACAAAUAGUUGAAAUGAAAGUACAAACAGCACACAGCCAGAUGUACAAGAGUCUCUGACACUGUUGCGUUACACAGUAUCUCAGUCUGUUCUGUUAGACAAAAAUGCUUUGUAGUAAUUUCACAGACAAAAUUUUUUUUUUAAGUUUGCAUGAUACUAAUAGAUUAUUAAGAAAACACAUACCUUGUAUUUCUACGGGUUUUUCUUUUUAUUAGAAUAUCGCAUUAGGGCAAAUAUUUUGUAUUUUUUCUCAGAGAAUUUUUUUAUAAUGAAUGUGCCUGAGGAUUUGGGAAAAUUUUGUGGCACUUUUAGUGUGUGAUUCGGUAGAGAUCAGUCAUUUUCCUGUUAAGAAUUCACUCCUUGUAGUUUUUUAUGAUAUUCAGUAGAAGAUAAUGCUGUUAUAUAUUCACAAGUGUCUUGAAUUAUCAUGUUACUUUGUUUGUGAAAACAAAACAAUCACAAAUAUUACGCAAUCUAUAGUAUUGAUUUGCAAUGAUGAAGGUACAGCUUAUUAAAUAUCAGUUUGAACAUUUUUAGGAACUACUUUUUUCCUGCAAUAAUUUGCUGACUUAGUAAUCAUUUAUUAUAUGAAAUUGUGCAUAUUUGCAGUAGAUAUAUAAAAUGUUUAAGGUUGAUCGAUUUUGGUCAGUGUGGAAUUUGGAAAUGUUCAAAACUUUAACAUAUGUUCAUUUACAGUUACUUAUGUUUACUAAGUGCUUAAUACAAUCAUUAUAUAUUUUAUAAUUCAAUUUCUUGUUGCCAAACCUAGAUGCAAUUUUGUAAAAUUGUUAUUACUUUCCUUAGCCCAUCUCAUUUGUUCAGCCAAGACAGAUAGAAAUAACUGAAUUCUGAAGCUACACACAACAGAAAAACUUCCUUUUAAUUUAGAUUGUUGAAAUAUCCAAUUAUUUAUCAAAUGCAAAUGUAAAACUAGAAAUUACUUUGAAACCAAAAGAAAUAGACAUUAGUGCUAGAGAGGUGGGAGGUAAUUACAAAAUUUUAUAAAAGAAAUAAAUUAUACAUUGCUAAUAGGGAUGUAACUCUUUGUAUAGGGUCUUUUUGUUCCUUUAACCUUGAGCCUGCUGCCAGCAAGUGAUUUUGUCUUGGUGACCAGUGCAGACCAAGAUCAGGCUGCACAUCCAUGCAGGCUGAUCAUGGUCUGCACUGUUUGCUAUUCAGUCAGUACAUUUUCAGUGAACACCCCUUUGAAUAAUAAAUGGUAUUGCCCAAAAUGAAUGAUGGACCAGUCCAUUUUAGAAAUUUAGCAGGCUAAAGGUUAAUAAUCAAAUCUAAUUGAAUAUUGAAUUCUUCAUGUGAGGAAGCCAUCCAGCUGGCUUACGGAAGGUCGGUGGUUCUACCCGGGUGCCCGCUCGUGAUGAAAUAAUGCACGGAGGGGCACCUGGGGUCUUCCUCCACCAUUAAAGCUGGAAAGUCGCCAUAUGACCUAUCAUGUGUUGGUGUGACGUUAAAUCAGAAAAAAAAAAGGAAUAUAGGAAAAGUGAAAAAUGUCAUAAAGUUUUGCUUAAAGGUUACUGACCACCUUUAUAUUGUGUUUCUUAAUAGAAAUUUUGGUCAAGUUGAUAAAAUUUUUAGAUCAAUAUACAUGUACUCAAUAAAUCGAGAGAAUAUAUAAUGAUUUUAAUACCUACAAAAUGUGUUCAAAUGGGUUUUAUCUCUGUAUGAUUUUUUUUUAAAUGAGAAAAUGUAUAAAUGAGCCGUGCCACGGGAAAACCAACAUAGUGGCUUUGUGACCAGUAUGGAUCCAGACCAGCCUGCGCAUCCGCGCAGUCUGGUCAGGAUCCAUGCUGUUCACUAACGGUUUCUCUAAUUGCAGUAGACUUUGAAAGCGAACAGCAUGGAUCCUGACCAGACUGCGCGGAUGCGCAGGCUGGUCUGGAUCCAUGCUGGUCGCAAACCCACUAUGUUGGUUUUCUCAUGGCACGGCUCAAAUGAAGUUAACUUCCAUUCUAACACAAACCACUUCAUUUCUGUGUGUUAUUAUGCAACACAUGCACUGUUUGUAUGUCACUAUUAUUUUGUUAUAUCAUCAAACUUAAUAGCGGCACACUGGGAAAAAACCCCCAAAUAUUUUGUGAAUAGCUUAAUACAGAUAAUAAUCCUUGAAAACGUAUUAGAAGCAAAAUGAUAUAUCUCAAACAGUGAUUUGUUCUUGAAUAAAUCAUUGUCGUUCAGAUGCGUAUUAUUAUAUCACUCGGGCUGGACUCUAUUUGAUAAAAUUCCUUCACAUCUGAACUGCAAACAAUGAUUUUAUUCAACGAUAGAUCACAGUUUAGGGUAUAUUAUUUCGUAAGGAUUAGUUGUAUUCUUUUUAUUAAAUUUGCUCAUUUGUCUGCGGCAUUAAUUGACAUGUUUGUCAGAAUUAUUCAGAUUUGUUUUAGAGGUCUUGAAAACUUGAGAUCCAUCUCUUUAGUGCUUAAACUUAACUUAGUCAAUCUUAAAUUAGUAUUAAGAGGUAAAUGUUGCUAAAGCAUGUGUAAAUAUUGAACUGGACACUUUAAAGUAUAUGUUCCAUCAAUUUUACGUAUUGUGCACGAGAUAAUUGUUUUGCUAUGAUGUAAAUGCCAGUAUAACUAAGUUAAGAGUUUAUGAUGUUACAAUUUUGCUUACAUUUUUCAAUUUAGAAAUAAUUUUUAGCUGCAGUGUGCUUCAAUUAAUUUAGACACAAUGAAAAGGUUAUGUGUCCCAUAGAAUAAUUUCAGAAGGCUGAAGUGUGUUUUAAGUAAACACAACAAUCAGGUUAAAUGCUCCGUUCUAAUUUAAUAACACACAAGGAUAAGGUAUAUGUCAAAUGAAUAAUUUCAGAAGCUUGAAUGAAAUAAUCUGUAUUGGGUAUAAUUAAAGCAGAGCUUUUAAAUUGAUUACAAAACAAUAUAUUAUAAAUCUAUAUGUUAUAUAUAUUAUUUCAGUUCUACUAAAAUGUAUUUCAUGUGAAAUCAAAUAAAUAGCGGAUCAAAUAUGAUAGCCCAGUUUCUUUCUUCCUACAAGUAUGCCAAUUGUCAUCACUAUCAGCAUAUACAUUAUAUCCAAAAGACCAUUUCCAAGUUAAGGCAACUUAAAGAAUUUCUAAUAAAAGCCACUUUUUUCUCUUUUUGUUAAACCAUAGAUAAUGUUUAUUAACAUGUGUUGAAAGAACACCUAUUAAUGAAGAUGGACUGUAUUUCCUAAGGUUGGUCUUUGCAGACAGGUUUGUGAUAGGUGUAGUAUAUAAUUUACAGAAUCUAAUGUUCAAAGGGAAAAACAAACUUUGUUUUUCCCCAUCACAGAUUGAAGGUAGUGGACACGUAAUGUUGAUCUGCAAAUUAUGUAUUAUCUGUAUGUGGUUUAGGCAUUUUCUGGAUUUUAAGAAAAGUCAUACAUGCAUUUAGCUACAUUUACGUUCGAAGAAUGCCUAACAAGAAUAAGUAAUAACACGGAAUUUGCUGUGUGUCGUUAUGGGACUACUACCUUUAAACAAUUUGUUUUCACAUGGUGUUGUGAAAUCGGAUAUGCAGCUGAAACUGCAGUCUAGGAAAAAAAUCUGAAAUUUUGCAUUUGACAGGCAGUUACUGUCUUCAGUUGGUGUGAGCAAAAUUUACAAUAAGAAAAUUACUUCUGAAAUAAUGAGAAUUUUUGUACUGAGUUUGUUGCCAUGGAGAUGUUUAUUUAUUUUACAAAAUGAAGUUGAAAAUAGAUAUCUGCCUUUCAAGGGAGAAACUUGCUUCACAUAGAUGCUUUUAACAGGGCCUAGAGUUACAAAAAGAUUGGAGACCAGCUAAAAAUCUCCAGUAUCUGAUUGGUUAAUUUUGAACUCAUUAUUGAAAUUGACCAACGACACGACAGCAUUUUAAGACUGGUCUCCAAAUUUUAUUUUGUAGCCUUGUAAAGCCAGAGGUAUUACUGCAUGCAAUAUAUCUGUAAAUAAUACAUGCAUGUUGUUGAGAAAGAUGCUUUUAGCUCUACUAUUCAAAGAAAAGGUAGAGCUAUUGGACUCGCCCAUUUGUUGGCAUCGGAAUUCAGUAUUUGUGUGUAAAGUGGUAACUCAGUAACCACUUGUGGCAAUGGAUUGAAACCAAGCACUUAUUCACUGUGAAGAACUGACUUACAUUGCACAAGUUCCAUAACUCUGUUUGGCUUUUUUACAAAAUUGUGCCCCUUUUUUUACUUAUAUUUGUUCAGAUGACAAGGCUGUUGAAUAGUCGAGCCAUGCUGUCUUCCGACAGUUCUUGUAUAAGAUAUGAUUUGUGUUGGCUUUUACAUACAUACUGAUUUCUUACCAUUCCUUAUACAGUUUGUCAAGACCAAUUUUCAAGUAUGCUGUAUUUUUCUUUUGUUAAGUGCUUUAUUUAUUUCGUGUAAACUUGUUUUCCCCGCUGAAUUGUUUAAGUAUUGACAGAUGAGGAAGUAAAUCUGAGAAAUGUGGUAAAUAUGAAAUUAAUACAAUGCACAAUUAUAUAGACUUGUUCAUGGUUUUUUAAUGCUGCAUUUAUUUUCACAGUUUGUGAAACACUAUGACUGAGAGAGAUGUAAACAAAAGGCCCAUACAUAAAGAUGUUUGAAAUUUGACCUCAUUUUCUUAUAAUAGUUCACAUUAUAGUGAAAUAUGCAGUUGAUUUAUAUUUUACUCCUUGAAGUUGUAGCUGUAUUAGUGAUAAGUUUGAUAUCUUGACACCGGUCAAAAGCACAUGUAUGGUGACACCAGUCAAGUGUCAGUUUACCUAGGCACCAGUCAGAUGUAAAUGUCCCAUGACCCCAGACUCGACACUAGUCUGAUGUAAAUCUAUUUUGAAGCCAGGAAAUAGUUAAUGUAUCUUGACACCAGUAAGAUGUCAGUAUACAUUGGCACCAGUCAGAUGUCAGUAUACAUUGACACCAAUCUUGACACCAGUCAGAUGUCAGUAUACAUUGACACCAGUCAGAUGUCAGUAUACAUUGACACCAUUCUUGACAUUAAUCAGAAGUAAACUUACUUGAAGCCUGUCAAAAAUAAAUGUAUCUUGACACCAGUCACAUGCCAGUAUACUAAGACACUAAGAGGUGUAAAUGUACCAUGACACCAUUUAGAAAUCAAUGUAUCAAAACAAAAAAGUGGUGUAAGGGCUUGAUAAAUGAAGACAUGUUGAUAAAUGAAGACAUAUAUGUUUUAGUGUAAGUUUAAUUAAUCUGAUAUCAGUGUUUUAGGUUGAUUGCUAGUUUAAUAAAUUGAAUAAUUUAUUCUUAUGAAGUGCCUUACUUUAAAUUGAUGAUGUGCAUUGUAUUGCAGAUUGUUUCAGCCCCUGGCACAGAUAUGACCUUGAUAGUCCUACUAAAGUUUAUACUCGCUUUAGUCAGAGUCAUCAAGACUGAAGUUUUGGUUCAAGAUAAAAACCAGUUUUAUUCUGUCAGAGUGUAUUCAAUUUUCAAAUCUGCUUCAUGUUUAGAAGUUGGCAGUGUUUGUUUUGAAGAGAUCUUACUUUAGUGAAAAAAAGCCUGUUUAAAGAUUCACAUUUGAUCAAAAACGAAGAAUGAAUUUUGUGGAACGUGCAAAUGAGUGAAUGCUUAAGAAAUAUUUUUCAAUAGCGAAAAUAAUUUACUAUCCAUUUAUACAGGUAUAUUUUUGUUGUUAAAAAGUGCAAAUUGUAUGUAGAAAUAAUUUGUUUUCAUUCCUGUUUUCCUCACUUGUUAAGUAUUGUUGUUUUAUUUAUUUUGUUUGUUUUACAAUGAUUGUAAACAGCAAUGAUACAUGUAUAUAGAUAUAAAACAUAGCUUAGAUAUUGCUGCUGUUCUUUAGAAACCUUUUAUGUCUGUUUUGACCUGAAAAGUUUUGUUCUCUCUUUCAUCAGGAGUACUUAGUUUCAUAAUCUCCAGUCAUUUCGCAUUUUAUUCAUUUUUUUUAAUCAAAAACAUAAUAAUUUUUUUUUUCAUAACUCAAAAAAGUGAUUAAAAAAUGGGACCUACAAGACUUUUAAAGAACCAAAUACUGUACUUCCUCCCUCUAUCAGCAUAAAUAUGGGGAGUCAGUAACAGUUUUGUUUUGAAAACUUUGGAAGAAAUAAAUCAGAUAAAAGUGACCAAAACCGACAUAUAAGAUUUUCAAAGAACAACAACACUUUGCUUUUCUUCGUCACAACUUAGUCAUCUAUGAACAAAUUGUAACUGUAUUUCUGCUGUUAUGUAACUUUGCUCUAUUAUGCACAUUUUUCUGCAAAUUUCAUGUUAUAAUAUAGGAGACUAUAUAAUCUAUAUUUUCACACAAUAAAAUAUUAGCAAUUCCAAAGGAGCUCUGUGUGUUUAUAUGGGAUUUGAUUAGCCUAUCUGGGACACCAUUCAGAAUGGUUUGGUGGUUUGACAUCACACCAACACAUUGAUAGGUUGUAUGGCAUCUUUCCAUUUUUAGCUCACCUGUCACAUAGUGACAAGGUGAGCUUUUGUGAUCACUCUUUGUCUGCCGAACAUCGUCCGUCGUCCACAAUUUCUAGUGAACACAGUAGAGACCACAUUUUGCAGUCAGUCUUAAUCAAACUUGCACACAAAUAGUUUGGCAUAAUAUCUCGUUUUUUUCCGAAAACUUGUUAGAUCCCAUCAUGGGUUCCAGAGUUACGGCCUUUUAAGGGCCAAAAUUUGCUAUUUUGGCUUUUGCAGCCAUAUGGAGACUUCAGUAUCGUUUGAUUUAAUAUAAACUUGCAAAAUAUCUUUAACAGUAAUAGAUUUUGGAUUCCAUGAUGAAUCUGUCAGAUCCAAUCAUAGGUUCAGGAGUUAUGGCCCCUGAUUGACCCCAGAAAGAGCCAAAAUUUGUUACUUUUUACCUUGUGAACACGAUAGAAGUGAUAUUUUACCUUCGGUUUUUAACCACACUUUCACACAACUUAAGUCACAAUAAGUUUGGUUCCUUUUGAAAACUGGAUAGAUUCCAGCAUGUGUUCAAGAGGUACUGUGAAAUCAUUUUUGUUCGGGCUGGACAAAUUUUUGCGUAUUUCACUACAAACGAUGUGCGAAUUUAAGACCGCGCUAUUAUAUAUAGUUAUUAGAAUUUAUUUCCUGUCCGAAAUGGUAAAAAAUAAAAAAUAAAUAAUCUGUGUAUUUCUUCAUAUACCAGUAUUUUUUUUAAAUUCUGAUACUUAUAAAUAAAAAUUAUUUAUUUUCUCA